CUAAGCCUGAAGAAAAACAACAUGCCUGUGGCAUUAAGGCAGACACACGGUAAAAACAAACGCAAGAUUCACACCAGCAACAUCAACAUGUCACACAGCAGUCGAGAGUUUCACCAACACUUUGUAAUGCCGUCAACAUCUUUCAGUGACAGAUGGACAACAUCCCCAUACUUUCCAACAGCAAUUGCUGUAUUAGCUGCAGUAAUUACCUUCAUUAUUGUCGGUUUCAUCUUCCACAGAAUGAAGGUGACGAUGGAGCAAAAGAGGAAAGGGGAUCAGCUUGUAAACUCAUCACAAACUAAGAGAUUAAUCGGCUCUUAUAAUUCCAAAGUGAUGAGUUUCAAUGAACCCAUUAUCAUUGAUGUGCCUGGAGAUUCAUAAAUAAAUGCAAGUUAUGAA